AUAUAUUUGGAGCUGACUUAUAGCCUGCUGUUAUACAUGCUCUAAGAGAAACUAUAGAUUAUCCCCGAUGAUGGACAGAAUCACAGGAGGUUCACUAGCAGCUUAGCUUGGGAGAUUGAAGCCCACAAGGUGGAUAGAGGAUUUUUUUGGAGGCGGAGAUGAACCUGAGGCGGCUAUGGGAGGUGUGGGGGGAGUGGGAGAUCCGCGUGCUCGUCCUGUCCAGCCUGUCCCUGCAGGUCUUCCUCCUCUUCACCGGCGGCCUGCGCAAGCGCAAAGCCGCUUGGUGGCUGCGCAUGCCGCUCUGGCUCGCCUACCUCCUCGCCGACUACAUCGCCAUCUACGCGCUGGGCAACCUUUCCAAGAAGCAGAAGCUCUGCGACGGCUCAUUCGAUGGCGAGAUGCACCUCCUCGUCUUCUGGGCCCCUUUCCUCAUCCUUCAUCUCGGGGGGCAGGACACCAUCACCGCCUUCGCCGUGGAGGACAACGAGCUCUGGCUGCGUCACUUCCUGAGCCUGCUGUCGCAGGUCGCGUUAGCCGGGUACGUCUACUGGAAGUCGCGGCCCAGCAUGCGGCUCAUGUCCCCGGCGAUAAUCAUGUUCGUCGCCGGCGUCACCAAGUACGGCGAGCGGACGCUGGCGCUCAGGGCGGCGAGCAUGGACUGCCUUCGCAGCUCCAUGGUCACGCAGCCGGAUCCGGGCCCGAACUACGCCAAAUUCGUGGAGGAGUGCCAGUCGAGGACGGAGUCCGGACUGGUCGCCAAGAUCGUCAUCGUGCAGGAGCGGCCUCCAGAUGACGAGGACCAUGUCGAAGUCAAGCGAGAGGAGUACGGCGACCUGGUGUACAGUGCGCACAGGUUCUUUCACACCUUCCGCCGCCUCUUCGUCGACCUCAUCCUCAGCUUCCAGGACCGCAUCGACAGCCUCGCCUUCUUCCGGAGGUUGGAGAUGGAGCAGGCGUACAAGGUGGUGGAGAUCGAGCUGGUGCUCAUGUACGAGUGCCUCCACUCCAAGGCACUCGUGAUUCAUGGUCUUCUCGGCCGCAGCCUACGCUUGUUCAGCCUCGCCGCGCCGGUCGUGUCGCUCGUGCUCUUCACCCGCGCGUUGGGCGACAUGCGAGAAGGCUACAACCAGGUUGACAUCAACAUCUCCUUCGUCCUCCUGGGAGGAGCCAUCUUCUUGGAGACAUACGCGAUCCUACUGAUCUUCAUCUCCUCCUGGACCUACACCGACAUGCGCGGCAGAGAAGCGCUCCGGCCCGUGGCGGCGGCGGUGUUUUGGCUGAUCGCCCUAUUCCAGCCGGAGAAGAGGCCUAGGUGGUCGAACAAGAUAUCUCAGUACAACCUGAUCAGCUAUUGUGUCAAGGACAAGUCCCGUCGGUACAAGAAACCCAUGGAGUGGCUGGAGUGGAGGUGGAACUUCCGCGUGAAGACGAUGUGGGACAGCUGGAGGUACAAGACGAGCAUCGGCGUGUCGGAGCUGCUGAAGAGCCACAUCUUCGAACAGCUCAAGAGCAAAGCAAGCAGCAUCAGCAAGGACCCCAAGAGCUACCGGAAGGCUGGCGAGCACCGUGGCCAGUGGGCGCUCCAGCGCAAGGGCCUCUACCAGAAGCUGGGCUGGAGCGUCGACUGCGAGUUUGACGAGAGCAUCCUCCUCUGGCACAUCGCCACAGACCUCUGCUUCUACGCCAAUCAUCCGGCGGACAAAGAUGAUGACGGAUGCUGCAGCUGCUCCUCGUCGUCCAAGUGUCUCCGUUGCCUCUGCAGCUCCAGCUCGGGCUAUCCUGAUGCCGAGGCUCGAGGGCGUGACUCGAAUAAGCUGGCGACGAUGAGCAGGGAGAUAUCAAACUACAUGCUGUUCCUGCUUGUCAUGCGCCCGUUCAUGAUGACGGCCAGCAUCGGGCAGAUCCGCUUCGGCGACACCUGCUCGGAGGCCAAGAACUUCUUCCGGCGAGACGACGAGGAGAUCGGGGACGAGGAGCGGUGUGCCAAGAGGCUCACGAAGGUGGACACGUCGAUUGCAGAGCCGCGGGACGUGAAGGGGGACAGGAGCAAGUCGGUGCUCUUCCAGGCGUGCAAACUCGUGAGACAGCUCAACGAGCUGGAGGGCAUCACGGAGGAGAGGAGGUGGAGGCUCAUUGCUGGCGUGUGGGUGGAGAUGCUAUGCUACGCGGCCGGCAAGUGCAGCGGCAAUGCCCACGCGAGGCAGCUCAGCCAGGGAGGCGAGAUGCUCACCGUGGUGUGGCUGCUCAUGGCGCAUUUCGGAAUGGGAGACCAGUAUAGGGUGGAGUCUGGCCACGCCAGGGCCAAGCUUAUUGUUCAUCAUAAUCAUAGUACCAUGUAGGCCUGUUUGGUCCAUUUUCUCUGUUCAGCCAUCCACCAUGGCCAGCAGCCGCAGGAUAUGCUUUGAGAUUCGAACGUACACGUAACUGCCCCGCUCGUAUCACUUUCUGCUGGCGCCCCAGAAUACAUGCCGUGGGUCCCACCGAACUCUGUAUAGGUUUUUUUUUUUUUUGAGAAGACUGUAUAGGGUCUUGGUUUUUUGUUUCUUCCCCAAUCCCCAACCCCCGGAUCCACCGCCUCCGGCUAGCAGGUUGAGGUGGGGCGCAUCGAUCUGUCCGCGUGUUGGCGGACGCCAGCGAGCCGAGGAGAAACAAUCUACUUUGUCCCGCCAGGAGCACCAUUUGUUGGCGUAAGCACGACAUUGCAUUAUAUUUUCGCCCGUGUUGCCUGGAACAUGUGUAAUUCUCAGAAAAGAAAAUACCAAGUUCGAGGAAAUAUUUAAA